GGACGCUUGUCUCGCUCACGUUCUAGGGUAGGCGACGCCAGGCCGGCGGCCAUUUUCACAGCUGCGCUCUCCUCAAACGCAGGUACUCUUCAUCUCUCCAGCGUUUCUUUUUAUGCUUUAGGAGUUUGGGGCCGGAGGACUCGGCGAAAAGGAGUCUGGUGCCCAGUGACUGACAGGCCGUGCCAAGAUGUCCGACUUUAUCGAAAGCGAGGCAGAGGAGUCGGAGGAGGAGCUUGAGGAAAGGGACCUGAAGCCCAAGAAGACGCAGAAAUUUAUGGAGGUGGAUGAUGAGGAGGAGGAAGAGGAGAAUACUGAAGACCAGGACGAGCAUGGAAAUUUGCGUGGCCUGAUCGAUGAUGACGUUGAGGAGGAAGAGGAUGAAGAUUUGGAUGCGAGUGGUGGUGGAGACAGUGACUCUGGGGAGGAAAUUGGGCAUCGCAAACGAAAACGAACCUACGAUGAUCGCCUGGACGAUGAUGACAUUGACCUCAUUGAGGAGAACUUGGGAGUGAAAGUGAAGCGGCAGAAGUUCCGACGUGUAAGGAAAAUGUCCGAUGAUGAAGAUGAGGAUGAUGACGACGGCAGAGAAGCCCACGAGAAGGACUUGAUCGCUGACGAGAUCUUCACUGGUGACGGAGGAAUCGAGGAUGGGGAGCAUGUCGACGUGGCCCUCCACCCAGGUGAUGAUGAGGAAGAGGAUGAUGAAGAAUCAGAUAUUGAUGAUUUCAUUGUGGAUGACGACGGACAGCCACUUAAGAAGCCGAAAUGGCGCAAGAAGCUCCCAGGAUACACCGACGCUGCCCUGCAGGAAGCCCAGGAGAUCUUCGGUGGCGACUUUGACUUUGCAGAGUUUGACGCAGAAGGCUACGACAAUGUGGAAGAGGAGGAGGAAGACCAGGAUGAAGAGUCCUGGGAUCGACCCAAGAAGCAGGCCAAGAAGCGCGUGGGUCGGCGCAGCAUCUUUGAGAUUUAUGAGCCCAGUGAGCUGGAGAGCAGUCACAUGACUGACCAGGACAACGAGAUCCGCUCCACCGACAUGCCGGAGAGGUUUCAGUUGCGUUCCAUCCCAGUGAGACCUGCAGAGGAGCCAGAGUUGGAGGAGGAGGCAGAGUGGAUCUACAGGAGUGCUUUCUCCACCCCCACCAUCUCCAUGCAGGAAAGUACUGAUUACUUGGACCGGGGCACAACAAGCAGCUUCAGUAGGAAAGGACCCAGCACCAUCCAGAAGAUCAAGGAGGCCCUGAACUUCAUGCGGAACCAGCACUUUGAGGUUCCAUUUAUAGCCUUCUACAGAAAAGAGUAUGUGGAGCCUGAACUCAACAUCAAUGACCUGUGGAAGGUGUGGAGAUGGGAUGAGAAGUGGACCCAGCUGAAAACUCGCAAGCAGAAUCUAACCCGCCUGUUUCAGAAGAUGCAGGCCUUCCAGUUCGAGCAGAUCUCCGCUGACCCAGACAAGCCCCUGGCAGAUGGCAUUCGGCCGCUGGACACUUCUGACAUGGAGCGGCUAAAAGACGUCCAGUCUAUCGAGGAGCUCAGUGACGUGUACAACCACUUCCUGCUGUACUAUGGCCGUGACAUCCCCAAGAUGCAGAAUGCUGCCAAAGCCAACAAGAAGAAGCAGAAGGUAAACAAGGAGAUCUCAGAGGAUGAUGGUGAGCAGGAUGCUGAGGCUGAGGAGGAGGAGGAAGAGGAGGAGCAGAAGGGUCCAGACCUGAAGCUGGCUUCUCGCCGAGACAUGUACAGCAUUUGUCAGAGUGCCGGGCUGGAUGGCCUGGCCAAGAAGUUUGGUUUGACCCCUGAGCAGUUUGGAGAGAACCUGCGUGACAGCUACCAGCGGCACGAGACAGAGCAAUUUCCCGCUGAGCCCUUGGAGCUUGCUAAGGACUAUGUGUGCAGCCAGUUCAGAACCCCAGAGGAAGUUCUGGAAGGUACGCGCUACAUGGUGGCUAUGCAAAUCGCCCGCGAGCCCCUGGUCAGACACGUCCUGCGGCAAACAUUCCAGGAGAGGGCCAAGAUCAACAUCAAGCCCACUAAAAAGGGCAAGAAGGAUGUGGAUGAAGCACACUAUGCGUACUCCUUCAAGUACCUGAAGAACAAACCUGUGAAGGAACUGAGUGGGGAGCAGUUCCUCAAGAUGUGCCUCGCCGAGGAGGAGGGUCUGCUGACUAUUGAUAUCUGCAUUGACCUGGUUGGCGUCAAGGGGUAUGGCGCUGACCAGACCUACUUUGAGGAGAUCAAACAGUUCUACUACAGGGAUGAGUUCAGCCACCAGGUGCAGGAGUGGAACCGGCAGCGUACACUGGCCAUAGAACGUGCCCUGCAGCAGUUCCUCUACCCCCAGAUGGCCAAGGAGCUGAGGAACAAGCUGCUAGCUGAGGCCAAGGACCACAUCAUCAAGGCAUGCAGCAGGAAGCUGUACAACUGGCUGAAGGUGGCACCGUAUCGGCCUGACCAGCAAGUAGAAGAGGAUGAUGACCUCAUGGACGAGACCCAGGGAAAGGGUAUUCGUGUUUUGGGAGUGGCGUUUGCAUCUGGCAGGGAUACCCCAGUGUUCUGUGCACUUAUAAAUGGUGAAGGUGAGGUGGUUGACUUCCUGCGCCUCCCGCACUUCCUGAAGAGGAGAAAUGCGUGGAGAGAAGAUGAGCGGGAGAAGAAGAUCCAGGAUAUUGAAAACCUAAAGAAGUUCCUGAGUAGCAAGAAGCCGCACAUAGUGGCUGUGGCAGGAGAAAACAGGGACGCCCAAAUGGUGAUCGAGGACAUCAAGCGAACCGUGAGUGAGUUGGAGCAGGAAUCAUCCCUCCCUGCAGUGGGUGUGGAGCUGGUGGACAAUGAACUGGCGACACUCUACAUGAACAGCAAGAAGUCUGAGGCGGACUUCAGGGACUACCCCCCUCUCCUGCGUCAGGCGGUCUCCGUAGCCAGAAAGAUCCAGGACCCCCUCGUGGAGUUUGCCCAGGUUUGCAGCACUGACGAGGACAUCCUGUGCCUCAAGCUUCACCCACUGCAGGAGCAUGUGGUGAAGGAAGAGUUGCUGAAUGCGCUCUACUGCGAGUUCAUUAACCGAGUCAAUGAGGUGGGCGUGGAUGUGAACCGGGCCCUGGCCCACCCAUACACUCAAAGUUUGGUGCAGUACGUCUGUGGCUUGGGCCCCCGAAAGGGCUCCCAUCUGCUUAAGAUUUUGAAACAGAAUAACACUCGCCUGGAGAAUCGUACCCAGCUUGUAACCAUGUGUCACAUGGGGCCCAAGGUCUUCAUCAAUUGUGCUGGCUUCAUCAAAAUCGACACCGCCUCCCUGGGAGACAGUACGGAUUCGUACAUUGAGGUCCUUGAUGGAUCUCGUGUGCACCCGGAGACCUAUGAGUGGGCUCGCAAAAUGGCAGUAGAUGCAUUGGAAUACGAUGAGUCUGCAGAAGAUGCCAACCCCGCUGGUGCUCUGGAAGAGAUCCUGGAGAAUCCAGAGAGGCUAAAAGACCUGGAUCUAGAUGCCUUUGCUGAAGAGCUUGAGAGACAGGGCUACGGGAACAAGGGCAUAACUCUGUAUGACAUCCGUGCCGAGCUCAGCUGCCGCUAUAAGGACCUGAGGGCACCUUACCGACCACCCAACACAGAGGAGGUUUUCAACCUACUCACAAAGGAGACGCCGGAGACUUUCUACAUUGGCAAGCUAAUAACCAGUGUGGUGACCGGCAUAGCUCACAGACGGCCGCAGGGGGAGAGUUAUGACCAGGCCAUCCGGAAUGAUGAGACCGGCUUAUGGCAGUGCCCUUUCUGCCAGCAGGACAACUUCCCUGAGCUGAGCGAGGUAUGGAACCACUUUGACAGCGGCUCGUGUCCUGGCCAGGCCAUUGGAGUGCGGUCCCGAUUGGACAAUGGCGUCACUGGCUUUAUUCCUACAAAGUUCCUUAGUGAUAAGGUGGUGAAGCAUCCAGAGGACAGGGUCAAGGUCGGAAUGACCGUCCACUGUCGGAUCAUGAAGAUCGACAUCGAGAAGUUCAGCGUGGACCUCACCUGCCGAACAUCAGACCUGAUGGACAAAAACAACGAGUGGAAGCUGCCUAAGGAUACCUACUACGAUUUUGACACUGAAGCGGAGGACAUCAAGCUGGAUGAAGAAAUGAAGAAGAAGCAACAGAGGACCACCUAUAUCAAGCGGGUGAUUGCUCACCCUUCCUUCCACAACAUCAACUUCAAGCAGGCUGAGAAGAUGAUGGAGUCCAUGGACCAGGGAGAUGUUAUCAUCCGGCCUAGCAGCAAGGGUGAGAAUCAUCUAACGGUCACCUGGAAGGUUGCUGAUGGGAUCUACCAGCAUGUGGAUGUACGGGAAGAGGGCAAAGAGAACGCCUUUAGCCUUGGCCACACACUAUGGAUCAACAAUGAGGAAUUUGAAGAUCUGGACGAGAUCACAGCCCGCUAUGUCCAGCCCAUGGCUGCAUUCGCUCGCGACCUCCUAGGACACAAGUACUUCCAGGACUGUAAUAGUGGAGACCGCAAGAAAAUGGAGGAACUGCUGUUGAAGACCAAAAAGGAAAAGCCAACCUUCAUCCCGUACUAUGUGUCAGCAUGCCGGGACCUUCCUGGCAAGUUCCUGUUGGGUUAUCAGCCCCGCGGGAAGCCAAGGAUAGAGUUUGUGACCAUCACACCCGAUGGGUUCCGGUACCGGGCCCAGAUAUUCCCCACCGUAAACGGGCUCUUCCGUUGGUUCAAAGACCACUACCAGGAGCCCGUUCCAGGCAUUACUCCCAGCAGCAGCAGCCGAACCCGGACUCCGGCAUCGGUCAAUGCUACACCCGCUAACAUCAACAUUGCAGACCUGACCCGGGCAGUAAAUGCCCUUCCCAGAAACAUGACCUCCCAGAUGUUCAACGCUAUUGCCGCGGUGACCGGACAGGGCCAGAACCCCAACGCCACACCAGCACAGUGGGCCUCCAGCCAGUAUGGAUACAGCGCGGGCAGCAGCGGUGGUGGUGGGGGUAGCAGCGCCUACCAUGUAUUCGCCACCCCAGCUCAGCAGCCCAUCGCCACACCCCUCAUGACCCCAAGCUACUCGUUCACCACGCCCAGCCAGCAACAGCAGUCUAUGACCACGCCCCAGUACCCAAGCUCCACCCCUCAGUCCUCGCAUGGCCAUGGACAUGCCUCAUCCACGCCUUCCUCAUCGUCGUCGUCACGCGUCAGGACACCACAGCCGAAGACCAGCAGCCACACUGCGGUGGACUGGGGUAAGAUGGCGGAACAGUGGCUGCAGGAGAAGGAGGCGGAGCGGCGAAAGCAGCAACCCCGUGUGACGCCACGGCCGCGACCCUCGCCCAGCCCCAUGAUUGAGAGCACGCCCAUGUCUGUGGCCGGCGAUGCCACACCCCUGCUGGAUGAGAUGGACCGAUAGGCAGGAGGCCCUGUCCCUCCCCAGCCCCCGCUCAACUCCCCACCUCGUCCUAAUGACCGUGGACCGUAUACCUGCAUGGCGGCCGUCUUCAUGGAUGAGCAUUUGGAGAUGAGAGGCUGAGCCGGGUGGGGUGGGGGUGGAUUCGUUACGUCUGAUUUUAUUUGUUUCUUUUAAAAUAAAAGCAGAGAAUAGGAGGGGCCAUUUCUUUAUUUUUAAGAAAAUGACAGAAUUAUGAGGGAUCCAGUAUCCGUCUUGGGGAGACUGGCUGCGCUUAUCAGGGCUUCUGUCUUCAUAUCCGCUAGCACAGUAAUGGCAGCCCCGCCCCCCCCAAAAAAAAAGCUGGGGGCCCAAGGGCCUUGGCAAGAGUUGGUGAUUCAAAGCACUCAGAGCUGUUUGUUUUGUAUGCAUGCAACAAAACAAAAAAAUAAACUUUUUUUUUUUCUCCCCCCCUCAAUUUUUUUUCCCACCCUUCAGUAUAAACAAUGUGAUAUGUGUAUAACUGUUACUGUGAUGGGGGACUUUUAGCUUUCUGGGUGGGGCUUAUAGCUUGAGUUGUUUUGGUGUUUGUUGCCUGGAGGCGGGCCUUACAGAGGUAGUUGUCGUCGGGUGGUUUCUGCUGGAAGCUCAUUGGACAGUUGGAGUGCGGACAGCAGGAAGUUCAUACAGGCUGGCUGGAGCAGAAGAUUGUCUAGAUCUGGCUGCGCUGCCCCAUUUUCAGAGUUGUGGGAGAAGACUUUCAGUCCAUCCCCCCAUGCGUUGGUAUGCCCCCAAAGGAGUACUUAUUAGUGCUGGGGGGAUAUAUUUAUGCCCUUUGUGUGUUUUUUAUUUUUUGUACCCCCUCCCUCCUGAAGCCUAUAUAUUAAAAUGGACCGAGGACCCUUGGUUACCCCUUGUGUCAGUUCCGUUCCCUUCAAACAGGUGCGUUGCACAAAUAGGAUGUUUUGCAUUUGAGUAAAAAAAAAAAUGUAGCCCCUGCAACAGAAUGUCUAGUUAGUUUUGUUUACCUUGUCAUUUGUCCAAAGCAUCUUCUGUGUAAUCCCCACCAGAAUGUCAACAUUGUUGCAUCGUUUUCUCCCAGAUCCUAAACUUAUCUGAAGUGUAAUCAUGGUGCCAUCUGCUGCCAGCUGAGCACAUCAGUAUUUACUGUGGACUUUGGUUACUGUUUGUGUUACGCUACCAUGUUUUUCUAUACUGGAGGCUCCAUACUUUUUCAGACAUCAGGGUUCCCUGGCCAGGAUGGAACGGGUAUGGAAAACAUGGAGGAAAGUCCCUUUAGUCACACACCGUGCCCUUGGCCAGGUUUAUGUCGCAAAGACUUGAUGGGUGCAUCUCCUGUCUGCGUGUUUCCUGCUGAAAUUCUUACUGCCCCCAGCAGGGGUUUGAGGGUAGCCUGGGAAACAGGUUGCGUCAUUCAAUAGGCCUACUGGAGAUCUCAUCGCUUAAGCCUGCCUGAGGGAGAAAAUGUAGAAGGAAAAAAGUAACUGUUCAGACUUAAAAGUGCUGCUUUGGGUAUCUGUGUUCAGCACCUUUGUGUUUCCAAAUAAAACAUUCUGUAUGAAAAAACUA